AUGGCCCGGAAAGGUCGAUUCACAAAAAAAUCAAAGUUUGGACCAGGGUUUCAGCAACCUCAAGGGGGAGCGAAUGCCACUUCAGAUUCCCACCAUGAUGGCUCUGAAAUUCACCCGAACAGUGGGGAUAGUGUCCCUGCAAGCAGUGAUAGUGUCCCCGCUACUUCACGCCCUUUCCGUCCCCCGCGAAGUGAACCAAGGCCUGCUCCACAGAUGAGCACACACAGUGUCCGGAACUCGCUGCCAGACCAUCUAAGCUUGGACGCUAAUGCAGAUGAGGAAACUCUUCUUGAUGAAGAAGUUGACAACCUUCAUGAUGCUUCUGGAACUCAGAUUCGCAGAGGACGCAAGACUACCGAAUUUUGGGCGGUUAGGACCAUCGAUUCUGACGGCACAAUCAAGCCGGCAAAACUAAGUGUGAGGGAGGCUAUGAAACGGCCUAACGGUAGAAAGAUCGUGCUUAGGUUCAACAAUGCAAAGCAAGCUAUUGGGGACGAAGCUGGAGUGUUGAGUGGCGUGCUUGGUUUAUUGGGAUCUGAUUUUGGAAAAUUUCCCAUCUGUAGAACAAGUUGGCGUGAGAUUACCACGAAAGACAAGGUCUAUAACGAAUGUGUCAAGCAAAUAUUCCACUUUGAUGAAGACAGCGAAGGACUUAUAAAGAAAAAUAUUUUGAAAAGUAUGGGAAAGUCUUGGAAGGAAACAAGGCUGAGGUUGUAUGACCGUUUUUAUGAGCCAACAUUCACGACUGAACAAAAUCUUGAGAAUCGGCCGCCGGGAAUUGAUCGAGAGCAUUGGAGAUGGUACCUUGACUAUCGCGCCAAACCUGAGACGAAGGAGAAGUGCAAGAAAAACGCGGUCAAUCGAUCAAAACAACAAUAUACUCACACUGGCGGCUUGAAAAGCUUCGCACGGCGGAUGGAAGAAGAGUCGGAAGAACAAGGAAAGAUAGUCGGUAGAGGGGAGUUGUGGAUCAAGGUGCACAAAAAAAAGGAUGACUCCUAUAUCAAUGAUGAAGCGAGAGCAAUUGGUGAAAGAAUUGAGGAGAUCGAGCAACAGGAUGAGUCUUCUAGAAUGUUGUCUCAGAAUGAUUCCAUUGCUCAAGUUUUCGGAAAAGAGAAACCGGGUAGAGUACGUGGUAUGGGAUCUGGACCGACUCCUAGCCAACUCUUCGGUCCGAAUUCACAUGCAUAUGGCAACGGAGUCCAACAAGAGGAGACCCAGAGGAAGCUGCUUGAACUGCAGGCAGAGCUGGAAGGCGAGAAGUUGAAGAGAAAGGCGAUGGAGGAUGAGGCAGCAUCAGAUAAGAAAUAA